AAUUCACUUGGCAAAUAUGUUGCAAUCAACGAAGCUUUUGCUGUUCACGGUACUAUUCUUGGUUAUCGGAAAUAACCAGUUGAUGGCGAAACUAAUUGGUCCACCGGUGAGCAUCAGAUAUACAACUACAAGUCCAACUACAAGUAUAAGUACAAGUACAAUUACUAGUACAACUCCAAUCCCAAGUACAACCAGAAGAACAACUACAACUACAACUACAAGUACAACUUCAAUUCCAAGUACAACCAGAAGAACAACUACGACUACAACUACAACUACAACGGAGGCUCCAAAUGCUUAUAACCAUCCUAAAUUUCACUUAGCUACCGAGAAGCUGAACUGGUUCGGCGCUACUGGUUACUGCCUCGAGAGAAAUUGGAAACUCAUCGUUUUGGACUCUGAAGGAACCAGAAAGGAAUUCGAACAUUUUCUUACUAAAUACAAGUUGAGAAAACUUCCCUUCUGGACAGCUGGCAAUCAAUUGGGCGAUAUGAAAACCUGGCGUUGGGGUCUUGAUGGACCAAAACUUCGAUAUACCUAUUGGGCAAAGGGUCAACCGGAUAAUUACAACCACAAACAGCAUUGCUUAAAACUAUUUGAAAAUAGCCUGCAAUGGGAUGAUGAUUUUUGUGAGAGGGCCAUAAAUUUUGUAUGUUUGAAAAACUGAAUUACAAAUAAACGCAGUAGAAAUACCAAUUGGUAAUGGUGUAAAAGCAAAU